AUGGGUGAGGACGAAUUGGAUCACUUGGAGACUAAGCUGGAAAGCAUGACGCAUCAGAACGAUGUCUUGAACAACGAAAAUGAACUAUUGGAGUCGUAUCUGAAACACAAUGGACAGCUCAUGAUUGAUAGUGACGAGGAAACCAAGCCUACUGAUAAAGACAAGAUGACUAGUGGAUUGAAAAAACGCCGAGUACGUUCGCAGACAAUGCUUACGAUUGAUCAGAAGAAUGAUAUUUGCAGUAUGGAGCUUGAGACGGCGCAGAAAGAGCUCGAGGAGACUAAACGCUCAUCCGAGCGACUUAUUGACACGUUACGCGCGGUGUUAGAAGAAACGGAUAUUCGCAUUGCAGAGCUCAAGAAAGAUGCGUACGAAUUCAAACGAGACAUUGUUGUGGGGGCCGAGAAUUUUCGAACUGGUAAGACAAUUGCUGAGAAAAUGAUCCGCUACAUGGAAGAGAAGCUGCGUCAGAAGGACGCAAUGAUUGAGAAACUUCGACUGAAAAACGCUACGCUCAAAAGUCAAGCUCAAAAGAUCGAUGCUCAGCUUCGUCAGAAGGAAGAGAUGGGUGAUGCGUUUCACUAUAUCGACUUUCAUCAGCUCCAAAUUGAAAACAAGCAGUACGUAGCCAAAAUUGAAGAGCGUAACGAAGAACUACUGCGACUUAAACAAACCACUGGAAGUACAGUUCAAGUACUUAAUAAUCUUAAAAAACGUUUGCAUGAACUACUUGAACAAAGUGCGUCGUUUCAACAAGAGAUUCAUACACGCACGGAUUUAAACAAGAAAAUUAUUGAAGAGAUUGCACUGAUGGAGGAAAGAAACCAGAAAGAAAUGAGGCGACUACGAUCUCUACAGAUCCAACAGACAACAGAGCCGAGCAACGAUAUGCCACAGAUUCUUGACUACGUUGCACAAAAAGCAAAAAUGUAUGAAUUGCAGCAGGAGGUCACUAAUUAUGAGCGAAAGGUAGAGAUCGCGGAACGUGCUCUUAAGCUUCAUCGUGCCAAACAUUCCAAAUAA